GACAGUUUGGAACGCAACACAUCCUCCGCUCAGCUAGUGGACUGCAAAAAAAAAAAAGGGAAAAAAAGCAGUGAUCCCAGAGAAAAGACUGUCUUGCUAAACUCCUCAACCAGGGUUUGUACUUUGGCCGCAGGAAAAUGCUGCAUCCGCAGAGGUCCCUGUCCGAGCUGCCGAAGAUGUCCGCGGCCAGUCAGGUGGAAAGAGCCGUGCUGGAGGAGGAGUUUAACUGGCUGCUGAAAGAAGAAGUGCAUGCUGUCCUGAAGCAGCUUCAGGAGAUCCUCAAGGAGGCGUCCAGACGUUUCUCCCUGCCCACUCCGGGCCUGGAGAGUCAGCUCAAGCAGGAGAACUUCAUCCUGGGCAGCUCAACCAUGGAUCAGGUGAAGGGAGUGCUGACUCUGCAGGGAGAGGCUCUGACUCAGGCGGACAUAAACCUGAAGGUCGCCAAGAGCAGCCAGGUCCUGCACUUUCAGUUCAGGGAGGACAAACAGUGGAAGCUGCAGCAGAUCCAGGACGCCAGGAACCACGUGAACCAGGCUCUGCUGCUGCUGAGCAGCCGCGACAACACCUACCAGUUCAAGACGGGCGCCGAGGUCAACAAGCUCAUGGACGCCGUGAUGCUGCAGCUGACGCGAGCACGAAACCGCCUCACCACCCCGGCAUCAUUGACUCUUCCAGAACUGGCCACCAGCGGUCUGAUGAAAAUGUUCACUCCCCCUAUGCCUGGCGACGUGAUGGUGAACUUUUACAUCAAUUUAAGCAAGCUGUGUCUGACCGUCUACCAGCUACACGUGCUGCCUCCCAACACCACCAAGAACUUCAAGCCAACAGGAAGCUCUGUGUUGCACAAUCCAGGAGCGAUGUUCGAGCUCAACAACAACCGCUUCGAGGUGAGCCACGUUCACAAGGUGGAGUGUGUGGUGCCGUGGCUCAGCGACACGCUGGUGUUCUUCACCAUCUCCCUGCAGCUCUGUCAGCAACUCAAGGACAAGAUCUCCGUCUUCUCCAGCUUCUGGAACUACAGGCCGUUCUGAUCCAGCCCGUCCUCCACAAACCAAACUAACCAAUCAAGUGUAAGGGAAACGCUGGAAAGCUUUUAUUUUUCUAUGUAUUCAUCAUGCAGUCUGUCAAAGUGUUCCGCCACGAGCUGAAAGCAGCCACACACCACCAGAUAUCAAUAUUAUAGAUCAGAAUUGAGUUAGGCCAACUGACUUUUAUUUCUCUCAUAUGUGUGUGUGGGGGUGUGUAUGGCAACUCAUGAUACAAACUUGAACCUCUCAAUGAACGAAUGAAUGUGUUUAUUAUUUAAAUUCUUUCAUCAUGUGGAGCACUAAUGUUUGCACUCAGGAUGGAAGGACUGAGCAUCAAAGUGUUUUCAGGUUUGUCCUGAAAACCCCACAUUUCCUCUGAUCUCUCUACGUUUUUGCUAGUUUCUGUUUUCCUCCCUCCAACAACACAGUUGUUCUCUGAGAUUUACUCAGCUCACUGUUCCUCAGAGGCUCAACGGGCCAGGCUCCUUCUAAUGUCUACAAGUUACACAAACGCUGAAAUCUGGUGACCCUUAGCCUGUUUCUAUCAUUAUUAUUAUUAUUAUUAGCUUGCUAAUAAUAAUGACCAGUGACUGACCAGUUAAAAUGUUUUCCAGUCAGUGAACACGGCCCAUUUAAAGGGAUAGAUAAUAUUUUUUUCAGCGUCGUUGGAGCGAGGGUGUCCAAACUUUAUGGAAAGAAAAAAAAACACACUUAAAUCAAGCUAAUAAAGUUGUCUGAUUUUAUUAUGUAUUUAUUUUGAUAGGAAAGAGAUGUUAUUCAUUGUAGAUCCAAAACCUAAAAGGGAGUUUUCAUGUUUGCCGUGUUAAAAGAAAAAGCAUUUAUUGUUUAAAUCUGUUCAGGCUCAAUUGAACAGAUUUAUUCUCCAGAUUUGAGUCCCUUUCUCUCUAAACACUGGCCAUAUGUAGCCAAGAUUAAUAAAUUAGAUUAAAAAAACAAAGUUGGCCUUUCAGUAAAGGUCUCUUUAAUUCUUCCGAUUAAAAAAAACAAAACAGCCAACACUCUCUUGUACUGAACAUUUUUCACUGUAAGAAAAUUAUUAUUUUUCACUGAUGACAAAUUAAAAGUCUCCAUCUGAAUCACCCAGCUGUGCUGGACGGGUGCUGGAAGGGUCAGUUGGUGACCGCACAAAAUCCGUCCAAUGACCACAAAUGGACCCCGGGCUGCAGUUUGGACACCCCUGCCUUAGAGUGCUGGUUUCAGCUGACCACAGCAGAUUGUCUGAUCCUGGUAGACUCUCUAUCAGCCUGAAUUCAGAUUCAGCAGAUCCGGAAGUACUGCCACAAAAAAUGUUUUCAGCUUUUAUUUUUAGAAUUGGACCUCGUUAAAUGUUACAGAUGUUUAGAGAGCUCGUAAUGCUGACAGCGUUCAUCAUGCUAACUGAUGAUGUAGCCGAGCAUUCUCUCUGUACCGGAAAGAUGCAGCUCCUGUUUAGGGAAAAAAAAGGAGAAUCCUCGCUACAGGCAGAAUCCUACAGCGUCGCCUUAGGGCUGUUGGAGAUGGGAGGGAAAGAGGGGUACAUUUCUGGCAAAAAAUUCAGAGAUUUUUACAUUAAUCUCCAAAAUAUUCUAGAAAAUGUGAAAAAUGGGAAGUUUUCAAACUCAGAAAUUUCAGCGUUCUUGGAAGCAAAUAUUUAACUUUUCAAACUCAGAAAUUUACUUGCUUUUCUAGUAAGUUUCUGAGAUUUUAGUGAUUUUUAAAAAUUUUUUGCCACAGAUCUACUACUCAAUUUUUUUUGUCUAAAUAUGUUGGUUCUGGCUUUAUCCAGUAUGGCUUCCCCUCACAGAGAAUGUAGAGGACUAUUUCUUUGCCCCAUGAUGUUUGCAUUGCAGUAAACCAAUGACAUCACAUCUGCUCCCAAAAAACUAACAGCAAACGAUUAAUAGCAGGAAGAGCUGUUGAUUAUAGAUCUGGAGAUACUGGCUAAAAUAUCAGCAGGUCUGAAUUUUACAAAAAUUAUAAAAUGGGAAUCAACCAAUAAUCUCUGAUUGGUGCGUCUCUAUUUCAAGACUCUUUGAUGCUUUAAAAGUCAGAUUUUUUUUCCAUAUUUUGCUGCUUUAUUAUAUCAGAUGUAAGCUACAAAGAUCGUCCCACAGGGAACCCAGCUGGUACUCUGGUCCAUGCUGAAAUCUUUCAUAUUCACUAACACUGCUCUUCUACAGGUUAUUAAGUUUCUAACUCCACAGUGUCUGCUGACCAGACAGCAGCAGGAGGAAAACAGUUUAUCUUCCAGCUUUGCACACAUUCCCUGGAUUUAACCCAGCUCUAAGCUAUUUGUGUCGUUUGUUUCUGUCCGCUCGGCUCUGUGUUUGUAUUUAUUAUGUUUCCCAUGUGGUUAAUCUGUGGAACACUAAUCUAAUCAUGAACAAAUGAUUUCAUCACUCUAAGUGUUGAUCUGUUUUGAGAAGCUGCCUGUAAAAUGAAAUGUGGAAAAGAUUCCUCUGUGCAAUAAAACUCUAAAAGAAC